GCCAAGCAUAUCCAGAUUCCCCUGCUGUCUCUCUGACGGCAACAACAACAAGUAGUGUGCGUGUAUGAAUUGCUAUACAAAUUCUCUCUUUUUGUGUUUCUUCUGAUCAAUUUCAUCAAUUCAAAUCUGCUAUUAAUUAUUAUGUGUUGUUUGAUGGGCUCACAAGGCGUUGUGUUGGCAACAGCUGUGGUUGUUUCUGCGGGCACUAUUGUUGUGUUUGAUCUUCUUCGCCAAAAGUAUUUAUCAAUUGCAGAGCUUGAACUAACCAACAAUAAUCAAAAAUCUCCACGCCAAAACCCUCUUCUCAAGUCUUGCUUAUCUUCAGGUGACAGUUUUCAUGUUACAGGUGAAAAGAACAUGAAUUCGAGGAGGAAGAAGAAAAGGGUUCAUUUUGCAGCAGAUGUGAAAGAUUCUAAUAGUAAUGGCGAGGAGUACAGAAGAGGGGGUAGAAAUACAAGAAAUUUUAGUAUCCUCCCAAUUUGGUUGUAAAUCGUGAUGUAUGAAAAAGUACUUCAGAAUAUUUUGUAUGUCUAGAUUCAAUUGUUUUCUAAA